UUAGAGGGGCUGGAGCAUGUUGGAGAGGAUAUUUACCCUGCACACACGACACACACACAUUCAUCCGAGAUGCCCACGUUUUCCGUCAUGUUUAAAGGAGCUGUCAUCAUAAGCAGGACAUUGAUGGGGUCACAUGGAGUAGAUCGAGCAGUGCAUUUGAUACAGUUUUCAGACUGUGGGAAUGGAUUAGGUAUCAAAGUCAUCGGUGGUGUGAAGGAAGUCACCGGAGAGGAGUUUGGAGUUUAUGUGAAGAGGAUCUUACCAGGUAGCCUUGCCUCCACUGAAGGGCACCUACAACCUGGAGACCAAAUGUUGGAGGUGAACGGAGAAAGUCUGAUUGGUGUAACGAGUGAGAGAGCAGUGGAUAUCCUCAGAGCAGCUUCGUCCACAAACCACAUGCGACUUCUGAUAGCACGAGAUGAGGAAGCGAGAAAAGAAUUUGCCGAACUGAUGGAGAAAUACGGCUCGAGCAGCAGCACCGGUUCCACCAGGAACUCGCCCAUCCAGCACACAGGCAGAUAUUUGGACAGCACAUCAUCAGGGUCCUCGUCCAGAUCCCAAAGUCCUCUGCUGCUCAGUCCAGCCGGGUCUCAGAACGCAUACAGUAACACGGGACAGCUACUGUGCUCGCUUAGUCACCCAGGUGAAGGUGUGAUCCAACUGAUCUCAGUGGUUCGCUCCAGCACUCUGGGUAUCACAAUCAGCGGAGGCUCCAACAGACCAGACGGCCCAGAGGUGUUCAUACAGGAAGUGAUGUCAGGAGGAGACUGUCAUCGGGAUGGACGUCUCAGAGCAGGAGAUCAGCUCAUUGCCAUAAACAAGGAGGCGCUGAUCGGGGUCACACACGAAGAGGCCAAAAGCACCAUCAACAGAGUGAAGCUCAGCCGUGAGCCGGUGGUGGAAAUCGCCUUCAUUCCAGGGAAAGGUCAUUUUCCCUGCAGUACGUCGUUAGGCAGGGUUCAGAAAGCCGGCGCGAACGGAUACGGCAGGUUAAACGUGCACGCCACGUCUCCUGAGGUUCGACCGGACGACACGGCACCGUCCUCUUCUCCCGACAUCAGUCCUGCAGACAUCCACGUUUCAGCAGCUUUGACUACACAGAGCAACGGUGCAGCAUCCAAACCCAGAGUGUCUCUGGACCCCCACAUACGCCUGCGAUCAGAGAAACUGGACCUGGCUCUGUCUUACCUCGGACUGGACGUCACGGAGGAUAAGAGGAGAAAAAUCAGAGAGAGUUUGUCCACAGAUCCUCAAGGGACGGUGUCUUAUGGAGAGUUUGUGGAGGCCACGCGUAAUGUGUACCAGGAUAAGCUGGAGGAGGCGGGGCUUGCGCAGGGACCAUUUAUGUUCUCCUAUCACGAGGCAGCGAGUUUGAUGGACACGUCGGCCUUCCACUCACCUACGUGUGAGUCAGAGUGCAGCUACAGCAGUGAGGAGAUGGAACACUGCCAGUCUGACCUCAAGCAACCGCAGACACAGAUGAAACAGCUGGAGGGUAUACUGGAGGACACAGAGGACAAUAAGAAGGACAUUCAGAAAAGCACAGAGAAAUGCAACAGCACUGUGGAGGAGAACGAGGCGUUGAAGCGGCUUCAGGAAGCUGAGGCUGUUCAGAUGCAGCCUAACAGCGCUGAACAGGACUAUGAGGAAGUCAUCCGGCUUCUGGAGGCUGAAAUCAAAGAUCUGAAGGAGCAACUUGCUGAAAAGAAACCUACGAGUUUGCAGGAAGAUAUUCUGGAAUUGAACAAGAAGCUUUCCAUUAUAGACAAUCAGCUACGAAAGUCUGAACUCAACAGGAAACAUCUGGAAAUCUCCAAUAAAAAGCUGCUGGGUUUUGCUCAUAACGUUCAUAAAGUCCUAACCGGUGGCAGAUUAUUUCCGAUGCAGAACGGGUCGUCCCCGGCAACAGACGGUCUGGAAAUCUCAGACGCCACACACCAGCUCAUAGCUGAGGCCGGCGAGCUCAUGGAGAGGGUGUGUUCUCUUUGUGCAGAUGAUCACACUUUACCGCAGCUCACCGAGGGAUCUAUCACCGGUCCAGGGUUCGAGUGUGUGGUCGAAGUGAAUCAUCAGCCCCAGACGUCGUUUGCCGGAGUUCACGCUAAAGAGACUCGACGUCUCUAAAAGAGCUCAGACGCACGACCGCAAAUUUAGCGCAAGAAGAAGAUAAGCACUAAUCAUCUUAUUAUUUUGUAAACUUUUUUGGGUUUAAUCAGACAUCCACAGAGUGUCUUGUUUCCCUGACACGUGAGCAAUCAGCGUCCUUCUGAAAAGUGCUGUAAUAUUUAAGAGAUGUUACACUCUGAUCUGUUACUGUGUCUUCAAUGUUACCGGUUUUGAUGUAAAUAUCUCUCUUUCUCUCUCUCUCUCUCUUUCUCUCUCUCUCUCUCAAACACACACAAACACAUACACGGUAUAUUACAGUACAUACACAGUGCAUUACAAGUAACACAGUAUACACAGUGAUAACAGUCUGUACACAACAAAUAUUUGUUUUUAGAACAAAUCCUCGUAACACUUUACAUUCAGGUUUCCUUAACAGUCAAUUAUUAUUUGUUGCAUUAAUUAAUACGAACAAAGUACAACAAUAAAAUAUAUGAUGAAUUUUGUAAGAAAUUUUAACUAACACAAUUGGGGGCACAGUGGCUUAGUGGUUAGCACGUUCGCCUCACACCUCCAGGGUUGUGGGUUCAAUUCCCGCCUCCGCCUUGUGUGUGUGGAGUUUGCAUGUUCUCCCCGUGCCU